AUGUUUCCCCUUCCCUGGGAGCUCAAUCAGCUCAUUGUCGACAACCUCUUUGACGAUCCAAGGACCCUCCGUGCGACGACGCUCGUCUGCAAACGGGCUGUGCCGUUUGCGCGCCGACACCUGUUCUACACCGUCACCAUCAACUUUGACAAGGACGGAUAUCAUCGCUGGGAGAGAUUCCAGAACGUCAUCCGCUGCUCGUCGUUUGGAAUCGGCGAGCAUGUUCGCCACUUGCACGUGCUGCGAAGCAACUAUGCCUGGUUCAGUCAAAAUACUUGGUCAUUUGUGACACUACUUCCUAUUCUGCAGGAACUCACAAUCGAGAGUGCAGAUUGGACGGUUUGGCAUCCAUCCGACAACGAGAGCCCGCGCCAGCUGCCUCUGGCAGUUUCGGCGACGGCUACAGCCAACGCGAUGCGCAUGCGUACUGUCACCAAGCUCACAUUGAACGGUGUCACUUGGAGGACGUUUGAGGAGCUUGCUCUCUUCCUCGUUCGCUUUCCGGACCUGGCUACAUUAGAGUUGAAGCACUCUGCCAUCGGCCAAGGCGCAACAUACUAUCCCUCGACUGUGUUUCGGUCUACUUCCCUACGAAGUUUACAUCUCGAAGACGUCGACAAGGAUAUUGUCCUCAACUGGUGGACAAUGUUCCCUUCGCCACCCGCUUUGAGGUCACUGAGUCUACGCAAGAUUAGCCUUCAAGAAGCAGACAUCGUCGCAUGCGUUUUAAAGCUCUUGGGACACUCGUUGCGAUACUUGGACAUCAGCUUCCGCGUCGACGGUAACGUGUGCGAGAGCGCUGGUACGCCUCUGCCCAUUUGA